AUGUGCCGGAAACCGGAAACUGUCGUAAAUGCACACACAUGUGUAGAACGCGGAAGUGUAACUUUGUUGCAAAAGAGACUCCUGCAGAACAAGUUUGUCAAGUAGUCGUGUCAUCCAUAACAGGUUAGAAUGAACGUAUGAGAACACCAUCCUUCAACAUGACGGUAAACAGUAGAUCACUGAUGUGGGGGUCCUGCUGGAGGUACUUAGUCAUCAUCGUCUCCUUGUUUGUCGCGCCACAACGUUGCGAUGUUGUCGCCGCGGACAGCCCAAUUCUGCAAAAAUGCCACAUGAAGCCGUUCGGCUGCCACAAACCGCCAUCCGGGAUGGUCCAAGUCGUCCACACCGUGCCCGACCCGGAGACGUUUUAUCGCGACUACAUCAGAACGGGCACCCCCCUACUCAUGAGGGGGGGCGCAGCUCACUGGCCGUCCGUUCAAAACUGGCCCGGAAACCCAGAGUCCUUCGUGGAGGAAUACGGAGACGAAGUGAUGAAGGUGGACUUCCGGAAGGUCUGGAAGAGCGACUUUGCCUUCAAGAAGAGGAUGAAGGUCAGAGAUUUCUUGAAGAUUUACCGUGAGGAACCGGUGUAUCUGGACUCUCCCAUGGGCAUCUCAAGUCGGUUCUACAAAGACAUGGAGUUACCAAAAUGUCUGGCCUGUCCUGAGCAGGCUGCUUUGCUGACAGGUAUAAACAUGCUGUACAGUUCAGGGAACACCAGUUACGUGAUCCACCAUGACGGAGUAGACAACAUCCUGACGUUGGUGUCCGGGAAGAAAACCGUCCUGGUCAUCGACCCCAAGUUCUCCAACCAUCUGUAUAUGAACGACUUCACCGUGCUGCCAGGUUUAGCACCGCUGGACCCAGAAGAGAUUGACCUGGUCAGGUUCCCACUUGUCGCUGAGGUGGACUAUACCAUUGCUGAGCUGGAAGCAGGGGACAUGUUAUUUGUUCCACAAUUUUGGUAUCACCAGGUACGGUCAGAGGGAGACCCCAACAUUGCCUUCAGCAUUUGGUUUCAACAAUUUAGCGAAUGUAAUGAUAGAGUUGAGGAAGAGGUCGACCCCGAUCUGAUGAUUGCCGAGAGCACGGAGGUAUUCUUACGGUGUGUGAAGGAGGAACCAGAAGAGAUCCACUGUUCACAAGGUCUUCCUGAGACAUUGAGUGAGAUAAUAAAGUCAUUGCCUCAAGAAAUACAGGAAAACUGGAUUAAUGGCUACCAAACAGGUGAAAUGAAGGAAGUUGAACCAAUUGCGGACAAGAAGAUGCCUAGCGGAUAUACUAUUCCUGUACUCGGUUUAGGCACAGCACAGAUGUACCAGAAGACAUACGAUGCUGUGUUAUUCGCACUUAAGUCUGGCUACAGGAUGAUCGACACAGCGCAGUCCUACCGUUACUCCGAGGAAUCUAUCGGCCGAGCCAUCAAGGAUUCGGGCGUCCCCCGGGAAGACAUCUUCAUCAUCACCAAACUGGCUCCAAAGUUCUUCGGCUUCAGUUCGACCAAGAAGUCCGUCGACGUGUCUCUUGACAAACUCGGCACCGAGUACAUCGACCUUUUUCUGAUCCACUCGCCAGACUGUAUGGAGGAGGCUGAUGAAGAUGGUGAUGACGAUUCCUUCGAAUGCCCCAAGGAUAAUCCGACGGCGUCUUGGGAAGAGAGCUGGAAGGCCAUGGAAGAGCUCCACAGAGAGGGGAAGAUACGGAGCCUUGGAGUCAGCAACUUCUACCCCAAACAUCUGAACAAGCUGAUGUCCAUGGCGGAGGUGCCUGUCUCGCUGGUACAGAACUGGUUCGACCCGUUCUACCGCGACGAGGCAACGAGGGAUUUCUGUCGUCAGCGUGGCAUCGUCUACCAGGGGUACAGUACGCUGGGAACGCGGUGGGCGGAAAUGAUUGACGACCCUUCCAUGGUCAACCCCGUUCUUUCGCAUUACGUGUUCCAUAGAAUUGCAGUGCCGUUGGAUUUUUCAAUACCCAAUAUUGUUCUACGCUGGGCCAUACAGAAGGACGUGGUGGUGAUCCCCAAGGCUGUGAAUGAAAAACACAUCAUGAACAACUUGAAUAUUCUGGAGAUGGACCUGAGCGACCACCUCAUGGAUUGGAUCGAUGAAGACGCCGUUCCCGUGGAGAUUGACGAAGACGGGGAGCCAAUCUUAGACGAUGCUACGGUGAACAGACUCAUGGGAAAUGUAGAGCAACAACCUGAAGUUCAUAUCCCAGAUUUCAGGAUGCCAAGUGGACACACAAUUCCAGUCUUUGGCCUCGGAACAGCUGGGAUGAUGGAUAAGACAUAUGAUCUGGUGCUGUUUGCACUGAAAGCUGGAUAUAGAAUGAUUGACACAGCACAGUCGUACUAUCGCUAUCACUCAGAAGAAGAGGUUGGUCGGGCCGUUAAGGACUCGGGCAUCCCACGAGAAGACAUCUUCCUCGUCACUAAGGUCUCCCCAAGGUUUUUUGGCCACGACCUGACGCUCGACUCGGUCCAGGAGUCCCUUGAGAAACUUGGUAUGGACUACAUCGACCUACUCUUGAUCCACGAUCAAGACUGCAGCGAUCCCCACUUUAAGUGUGCCCCGGAUGAACCCAAAGCAUCAUGGGAAGAGACCUGGAAGGCCAUGGAGGAGCUCCACAACGAGGGCAAAGUUCGCAGCCUCGGAGUCAGCAACUUCUACCCCAAACACUUGGAGAAGCUGCUGGCAACGGCGGAGGUACCCGUGUCCGUCGUACAGAACUGGUUUGACCCUUUCUAUCGCGACGAGGCCACGAGAGAGUUCUGCGAAAAGCACGGCAUGGUGUACCAGGGAUACAGCACACUGGGUGGCAUGUGGACGGACUGGAUGUUUAGGAAGAAGAUCGUGGAACGGGCGAAGAACCCUGUCUUGACAAGUCCCAUUUUGGCGAAACUUUCCAAAAUCUUGGACAUCCCUGUGGCCAACAUUGUCCUGCGAUGGGCCAUGCAAAAGGGUGUCGUCAUCAUCCCAAAGUCGGUUAAAGAGAAGCAUCUUCUGAGCAACCUUAAGGUGCUCCAAAUGGAACUGAACGAGCUCAGUGUCCGUGUCAUAGACGAAAAGAUCAAACCGGCCAAGAUUGACGAGGAUGGAGUACCUUCAAUAUAUACAGAUGACGAAGAGUGGAACAGGAUCGUAGGAAGUGCUGAUGACGACCAACAAGAAGAUGUCCAAGUGCAAAAGGACAAUGAAGAUCAGAAGAGGACAAAGUUAUUCGAGCCGGUGAAUUUGGAAGAUGAGACAAUUUUCAUUGGUUCUGAUGAUGGCAAGAUGUAUGCCUUGGAUGGGGAGACAGGAAAAGUCAAGUGGACAUUUACUACAGAGGAAGAUCUCGGGUCGUCUCCUGCCUUCAGCCCUGAUCAGUCUGUGGUGUACUUUGGAACGGAGGACGGUCAUGUCAAUGCCUUACGUGUGAAAGAUGGUCACGUUGUAUGGAGAUACAAAACAGGUUUGUGA